AUUUAUUUCUCUGACCACUGGGGCUAGGUUCCAGGAGAAAUGCGCAACAAGUCUGGGGCCGAGAACUGAAACUCGGCCUUCUCCGCCCUCGUCUCACUCGCUCGUCCCCGGAGACUCAGUGCUGGUGGCCAGGACGGGCGACUCCGGAGCGAGGGCAAUACUUGUCGCAAGCGGUUGGACUUAGGUCAGGCAAUUUGCCCCGCCACCCGUCGGUCGCUCCCACCCCUCCCUUCCUCAAGGCCCAGGGCAGCGAUGUCCUCCUCCCCCUUCUCCUCCUCUUUGGAGCCUCCAGCCAGGAGGCGGGAGUGACCCACAGCAGCUGACCCAGCCCGGCACUGCCUCUCCCACAGCCCUCAAGACACACCAUGGGCCCAGAGGCGGGUUUGCUACACAGCAGCGACGACGCAGGCGGCGGCCUCGGCGACUCUCAACUGCCUCCCUGACCACCGUGACUACCGCCCAACAACCCCGAGAAGCCAUCGUCACCGCCGGCAGGAGAACCUAGGGACCACAAAACCACCUUCACGAUCGACUCAAGCUACGUCAACAACUAUGGCGGGCGAGGGGCAGCGGGCGGAGCCGGUGUGGGAAGGAUGGAGCGUGUCCGUCACGCCCAGGGCCCCCCUCCGAGAGGGAAGGCCCCGGCUCGCCCCUCAAAAUGGCGGCGGCAGUGGCGCGCCUGCGUACGGAACUCCGCCGCGCCAGGGCCGGCGGGAAGUGAGGUUUUCAGAGGAGCCGCCAGAAGUGUACGGCGACUUCGAGCCCCGGGUGACCAAAGAAAGGUCCCCGGGGGGGAAACAAGCCCCGCUAGAAGCGUUCCGGCCCGAUGGUGCGAAAGAGGAAGUGAGAGAAAGCGCCUACUACCUUCGGUCUAGGCAGCGGAGGCAUCCGCGACCCCAAGAAACCGAGCAGAUGAACACUCGAAGGGCUACCCGGCUGCGGCAGCAGCACACACAGGAGUCUCCAGUACAGUCUUCUCCGGUUACGACCAGGAAAGGGUUGCGGGACUCUCAUUCCUCUGAAGAGGAUGAACCAUCUUCCCAAACUGUUUUAAGCCAAACAGUCUCAAAGAAAACUGACAGAAGAAUGCAAGAGAAUCCAGUGGUAAAAGAAGAUCUUAUCAGCAGCCUAUGUAGACCCCCUCUAAGAAGCCCAAGAUCCGAAGCCACCAGUAUCCAACAGGUCGAUUUCUCUGAAGGAGGUAUUCUCUUUGUAAAUAUGAUGCAAUAUAUUCUAAAUCUUUUCCUUUACAUUAGAAGCUAUUUUGAUAAGUACAUAAGUAGUAAGAGUAGAAAGUUGAAUAUGAUUUAUAAUACAGUAUUUUUUUUUUUUUUUUACUUUUUAGAUCAAAUCAGUAGGUCAUCUGGUCAAUAUCAAGAGUCAUUUUGGCAGUCAUCAAGAAGUCAAGACUUAAUAGCACAUAAUAGGCGACCUUCAGCGCUGAGCUUGGGACAUCAAAAAAACUCUGAAGAAUGGGUUAAACAAACUACAGGAAUAAGGACUAGGAAUCAAAAUGACAGCAAUCAGAAAUCCGAGUUUAGAAACCAGUCUCCAUCAACCUUCACCCAACAAUUGACUAGACAACCCAAAAAUGCUUCUUUUGUCAAGAUGAAGUUGUGGUGGCCAUUUUUCAUAAUAGCUCUUCUUGCCUUGGGGAGUUUUUGGUUCUUUUAUACUCCUGAAGUGGAAACCACUGCUGCCGUUCAGGAGUUCCAGAACCAGAUGAACCAACUUCGGAGUAAGUACCAAGGUCAAGAUGAGAAGCUGUGGAAAAGGAGCCUAACAUUACUGGAAAAACAUCUUAAUAGCUCCCAUCCUCGGCCUCAGCCUGCUGUCUUGCUGCUCACUGCUGCCCGAGAUGCUGAAGAGGCCCUUAAAUGUCUGAGUGAACAGAUUGCUGAUGCUUAUUCUUCCUUCUGGAGUGUCCGUGCCAUCCGGAUUGAUGGGGCAGGCAAAGCUGCUCAAGACAGUGAUACUGUCAAACUAGAGGUAGACCAGGAACUGAGCAAUGGAUUCAAAAAUGGCCAGAACGCAGCUGUAGUACACCGCUUCGAGUCACUGCCCGCAGGCUCUACUCUGAUCUUCUAUAAAUAUUGUGACCAUGAAAAUGCAGCCUUCAAAGAUGUAGCCUUAGUCCUCACUGUCUUACUAGAGGAAGAGACACUUGGAACCAGUCUUGGCCUAAAGGAAAUUGAAGAAAAAGUGAGAGAUUUCCUCAAAGUCAAGUUCACCAACUCUGAUACACCUAAUUCCUACAAUCAUAUGGACCCAGACAAGCUGAAUGGGCUCUGGAGUCGUAUUUCUCACUUAGUCCUACCUGUACAACCUGAAAACACCCUGAAAAGAGGCAUCUGCUUAUAAGGGAUGAGAAAAGAGAAAAUCAUGGCUCAAGUUCUGAGAAGUUUUCGGACUUUCUAACCAGAGAUAGGAUUCAGAGCUCUUUAUUAAAAGAACUGGUUUCUUUUUAAAGGAAAUGGGGUUCUUUAAACAUGGAACAUCUGAGACAUUUAUUCAACCUAA